AUGAUACCAACUACUAGGGAAGCUGAUUUAAAUUCUCAUCACUUAAUUUCAAGCCAAAGCUCUUCCUUGAUCUUAAAGAUGUCAUGAGAGUUCAUUUUAAACUGCAUAGUCGAAAUUUUCGAUCCUCAAUUCAGUACCAAAACUCCUUAUAGAAAUCAACUAUUUCUUGAGGUAGCUAAAAAUACUAUUAUCUUUAUUCAAACUUUGUCACUAUUUUGAUACCCUGAUAUUACAAUCAGUAAUUGAAGUUCUUAUUCGACAUUUUGGAAUUUUUUGUGGUAUUUCAAUUAUGACAGUAUAUGUAUGAAAUUGAAUAUUUAUACUUAUUGCUAUAUAGGCGAGAUAGUGGUGAUUUUUUAUUCGCUUUUUAUAGUAAUUUUAUAUUGUGCAUUCAAAUUUUGGGAGUAUAGAUUGCCUCAAAUGAUUAUUUACUCUGCUAAAGAAUUAAUUUCAUUUCUCUCUUCAGUAUCAUUUAUACCUUCUUUAACGAUCCUGCUAAUAGUAUUCAAGUACUCAGCGUUUAAAUACAGUGGUGUUCAGGAAUAUUACGAUGAUGACAUAAACAAAUUUAAUCAUGGCUUAUUGGGAUCAAUUAUUUGUCCAAUUCUGAUAGUAAUGCUAAUAUUAUUAGCUUUCAUGAAUGAACUUAUGACUGUUGAUAUGAAGCAUUCUUCAUGCAUGAAAAACUUAAAAUCUAGGUCUAAUUCCGCAUGGGACUUGCUAUGAAUUUCAUUUUCUAUCAUUCAGUGUUUUUUAUAUGUGUUCAUGGAUAAAACUGCGGUACUAUUUUAUUUAUCAAUAGCGCUAAUACUAGGCCUAUAUGUAUUUUGGUGUGGUUUUCGGUAUUUACAUUAUUAUAAUCCUGUUGAAAAUUCUAUACAAAAUAGCAAAAUUGGCUCAAUUUGUGCUGUUCUCAUAAUUUUUCUACUUGGCUAUAUAAUUGAUAAUGCUGCUACAAUGACAUUAUUAAGCUUCUUUUUACCACCUUUUCUAAUUGCUUUUAUUACUUAUUGAACUCAUAAGAAACAUUUGAAACUUCCAGGACACAAAAGGAAUAGAUUAAAUCAAUUUACAUUUGAGCAUUCUAUGAGACAUGUGCUUACAGACAAAAAUUGCAAAAAUAUUGAGGAAAUAAUAUGUGUAUUCUCCCAUUGUUUUCAUAAUAGUGACUUUAAAAAAAAUUCACUUUUUGUCAUAUGAGAAACGAACUUUAUUUCCCACAUUGUUAAAGAUGAAAGACUGGCAAGAGUUAGAUUGACACAAUUUACUAAAACAGGCUUUAGCAUAGAAGGGACUAUUCAGAAAUAUAGAAUUCUAAAGAAAUUUAACGGCAUAAAAUCCAAGAAGAUAUUAGAAAUUGAUUAUUUAGAGUAUUUAACUGGACUUGAUGAAUCCAAAAGAUACGACGAGGAAAUGUGCCAUUUAUUAAUGGAUCUAUGAGGUGAAAUAGCCUGCAAGAGUCCAGAAAUAACAAAACUACGAAAAUUGACCGAAAGAGUUUCAGAUCUUUCCUGCAAAAUAAAAGUCCUUUACAGCAAUCUUGCAGAUAAAAAUAAAUUUUCUGAGGUUUUAGAUUUAUAUGGUACUCUUUUGACUAAUAUUUUUGGAGAAAAAUAUGAAGGAAAUUUAAUGCUUAAAAGAAAGCGUAAUGUCAAAGAAUCUAUUGGCAUGCAAGGGAGCCAAAAAAUGCUUGGCACCUACAGUGAAAAUCAUGGAGUUAUGCUUAUUUCUCUUGCUCGGGCAUCUUUUGGGACGGUCUCUUAUAUAAACGAAAAAGCUGCUAUGAUUUUAAAGGUUUCCCAAACUGAAGUAGUGGGUGGAGAUCUCACUAAUUUUAUUCCUUGGCCUUUUAGUGUGAACCACAAUGAUAAGUUGCUUAAAUUUUAUAACACCUGUACUGAAACUGUGGUAAAUAAGCUUUCCUCUCUAUAUCUAUUAGAUCAUAACCGCUUUAUUAUUGAAAUAUAUAUUCUGGUAAGAGUUACUGCAUUUAAUGACCAAGCUUAUUUUAUGGCUUCCUUUACUCCAAUUAACACAACCAGGCAAGCUCUCCUUAUAUCUGAAUCUGGGCGAAUUUAUGCUCACACUGCUCAAUUGUCAUCAAUAAUUUGCUCUGAAAAAAUAAAUCUCUCAGAUACGAAUAUAUCAGAUUUGCCUUUUGGGGUCUCAAUGAAAACUUUAAAGGCAUUUGAGCCCUAUAUCUUUAAUUUGCAGCACAGAGAAGUCGUACUAGUUUAUAUUACAAAAUACCAGAAAGGGGUAAUGAUGCAUAUAAUCUUAUUAAUAACAGAUCAUUAUGAAAAGGAAAAAUGGAAAAAUAGAGAAUCUGAUGAGCAAAUUGAGUACUAUACGAAGGUUUCACCAAUACGUGAAGUUGCGAGCGGAGUUUAUGAAAGAGAAAGCUUUGAUAACGACAAAAACACACAAUUGGAUACCUUGAUGCCUCCUAAAACUGAAAAAGCAGUCACUAUUAAUACUACGAUGCUUUCUAGUGAAGGCCCUGAGGAUGAUGAAGAGGAAUCUGAUAAAGGACCUUCUCAAGACCCAGCUAGUGUUAGUUCGCAAGCUUCGUCAAUAAAUCGUAAGUUUUAUAUAGAAAUUGCUUUUAAGCUUGCAGAAGGGACUAGUGCUGCAAUAACAAAAUUUCAAUGGGUUUUGCUGUUUGCCGUAUAUUUUAAUUUAGAUUAUUGCUAUGAUUGGGACGAAUAUUGGGAUUUUGAUAUACAUAAUCGAUGAUGUAACUCAUGCUGACGCAUUAGACACUUUUAAUCAUCUUGGCCAAAUAAUGUUCCAAAUAGGAUCGAUAGCUGAUCUUGUGAGGUCGAUUGAUCUAGAACUAAGACAAGGAAAAUACAACCUUACAAGAGACUUGGGAUAUUUAAGUCAAAAUAUUGCUACUUUAUCAGACUUGCAGGGUACCAUACUAAACGAUAAAUCAAUGUGAAGCUACUGCAAAAGCUCAGAAAUUGUUACUGAAAAUAAGAUUCCUUUGUGGAGCUUUGAUGAAGGCGAGCCCAAGUUGAAGAAGUAUAACCUUUAUGACUCUGUUUCUUUAUUUAUCCAAUGGGUAUAUUUUAUAUAGGAACAAAAUUUAUUAGAAGAUGCUAUAAAGGAAAAUAAUUAUUAUCAUAAUAAUAUUGAGUGGCUUAUGAUUAACAGCUUAAGCUUUGCGUUUUCAUUUAUAGAAGAUGCUUUAACAGACUUAGUUAGCUGCGAGCAAAGUAGGAUAAAGGAUACUGGAACUAUCAUAAAUGGCUUAUUAAUGGUUGGAAUUAUUAUUUUAGCUGUUUGCUUAGGAGUGCUUAUAUAUUUUGUAGUUUCACUAAGGAUUGUAUAUGAAAAAUUUUGAUGCUUCAUAAAAAAAUCAGUUGCUAUAAACUAUGCACACCUUAAGCAAGCUACCUUGGAUAGACUCAUAUCAAUCCAUGGAGUUGAAUUGGAACAGGACAAUAUCGGCUUUCAAAAACCACUUGAUCUUCAUAACUUCCAUAUAAAAACUACUCUUACUUGAAAAUUCAGCGCAAGGUUGAGCUUUUUUGGAGUCAGUUCUCUAUGCUUUUAUUUAUUAACAAUGUUUUAUCUCUACACAGAUUGCGAAGAGUACAUGUUCUAUCGUCCAAAAUUGUUGGAAAAUAUCAAUAUACAGAGAUCAUAUCUAUCAAGAAUAGGAUUGUAUGCAAGGGACAUUAAUAAUGAAAUCAAUAAAAAACAUUACCCUAAAUCCUAUAGCUUUGCAAAUUCCACAAGCGAAUUUAAUCACUUGGUCUCUGAAUAUCAAUAUCAAUGCGAGAUUCUGCGCUCAAAAGGCAUCGCAAACCUACUCUCUAAAGAGUUAAAAACUGCACUUUAUGAGUCAUUUAAUACGCAAGGAGAACUCUUGAAACAGGGAACGUUCACUGCAGCGCAUUCAAUUAUUUUUGAUGCUUUUAAUAUUGGUGGACCUGGAGGAAUUCGUUCAGAUAAAGAAAUUUCUGAUUUUGUAUCAAAUUUUACAAUUUUACAGGAUGCUUUAGUUGGGAUAUUUGAUAUGGCUGAUACAAGCUCUAAAGAUGUAAUUUCUUCACAGUUAAACUUGAUUACUUACACAACUGUCCUAUUUUCUGCAGGUCUUGCCUUUCUAUUUUUAUUUUAUUAUUUGCCAUUUAUAAAGGCUCAAACCAAAUUUUUGAAAAAGACCAGAAUUUUACCAAAAAUGAUUUCAGUUCAAGCGAGCGAUAAAAAGAGUGAAGCCAUUUCUUAUCAAACAAAUGCGAUUAGUGUUGGGAUAUAA